GCUGAAGGGGAAGAGCACCUUCCGGCUCUCCAUGCGCUUCAUCGACCCCGAGAUGGAGACGCGCUACUCGGUGGAGAAGGAGAAGCAGAGCGGGGCCGCCUUCAGCUGCUCCUGCGUCGUCCUCUUCUUCACUGCCUUGGUGGAGGUCUUCAUCGACCCCUGGUUGGUGACCAACUACGUGACCUUCGUGGUGGGGGAGAUCCUGCUGCUCAUCCUCACCCUCUGCUCGCUGGCUGCCAUCUUUCCCCGGGUCUUCCCCAAAAAGCUCGUGGCCUUCUCCACCUGGAUCGACAGGACCCGCUGGGCGCGCAACACCUGGGCCAUGGCCGCCAUCAUCAUCGUCACCAUGGCUGACAUCGUAGACAUGGUCUGCUGCCAGCAGGACCACGGCAGGAUGGGCAACGGGACGGCAGGGCCACCGCGGGCGGGCGGCUGCGGGGAGCAGCCCAAGUAUUACAGCUACAUCGCCCUGCUGGCCUUGGUGGCCACCAUCAUGCUGGUGCAGGUCAGCCACAUGGUCAAGCUGACCCUCAUGGUGCUGAUCACCGGGGCCACUGGCGUCGUCAACAUCUAUGCCUGGGAGCACAUCUUUGACCAGUACGACCGCCGCCGUGGCCAGAAAAGCACGUCCUCGCUGGUCCCCUCCAAGUACUCCAUGACGGUGAUGAUCUUCAUCGUGAUGCUCAGCUUCUACUACUUCUCACGCCACGUGGAGAAGCUGGCCAGGAUCCUCUUCCUCUGGAAGAUCGAUGUCCACGACCAGAAGGAGCGGGUCUACGAGAUGCGGCGCUGGAACGAGGCCCUCGUCACCAACAUGCUGCCCGAGCACGUGGCCCGGCACUUCCUGGGCUCCAAGAAGCGGGAUGAGGAGCUGUACAGCCAGUCCUACGAUGAGAUCGGCGUCAUGUUCGCCUCCCUCCCCAACUUCGCCGACUUCUACACGGAGGAGAGCAUCAACAACGGAGGCAUUGAGUGCCUGCGGUUCCUCAACGAGAUCAUCUCUGACUUCGACGCGCUCCUGGACGAACCCCAAUUCCGGUGCAUCACCAAAAUCAAAACCAUCGGCAGCACCUACAUGGCUGCUUCUGGAGUGACCCCCGAUGCCAACGCCAACGGCUACAGCACCAAGAAGGAGACCCUCUCGGAUAAGGAGCGCUGGCAGCACUUGGCUGACCUGGCUGACUUUGCCUUAGCCAUGAAGGUGACGUUGAUGAACAUCAACUACCAGUCCUUCAACAACUUCAUGCUCCGCAUAG